CACAAAUCGAUUCCACAGUAAUCUACGAGCAAUAUUCUGCCAUUCGUAAAUAAACACUCAACUUUUUUAUCUGUUGUGCCGAUUUAAGUAGUCAACUCGAAAGAUUUGUAUUUACACUUUUUAUCGGUCACCCGACAAUUUGCUCACAGAUUGUAUUUCCGUCCCAGACGAUAAGUAUAUUUUACAUCACACACAACCAUGACUGUGCAGACCAUACUUCUGGACUUUCGGGUAUCACCCACGGAUGUAACGGACUUGGGGAAGAAACAUUUUCUUAAACACAACUUCGUCGAGACACUCAAAGGACAUUUUGAGAACUUUGAGACCAUCAAAGAGAUUGACCAAGAGGAUGGCUUUUUUAUCCUAUGCAGUGGAUCACAGGGUAAUAUUAUUACAGUUCGAGGGUACGUAGAUGGUACUGUCACUGUCAAUAUUGAGUUUUACAAGAAAGACGACGAAGACGGUUUCUUAAAUUACAAGACGGCCCAGAGCUUGGAAAAAGUUUUACGAAAGGCAACAUCGUCCAUCCGAUCUUAUACUUUGGUUCCUGUGAAACGCGGUGGACCAUUUGAAAGGUACUUUCCAACAGCUGACGAGCGAUUACUCGAGUACGAUAUUGACAAACUAGUUUACGAAGUCCAAUCGGCUUAUCAAAAAGUGCAAAUCUUCCACUCCAAGUCACUCGGCAAUAUGUUAGUCCUUGACGACAAUCAGAACAUGUCAGAGGCUGAUCUCAUUUACACCGAAACUCUCAUGCAGCGAGGCAAAGAAUCCUACGAGGGUAAAGAAAUUGUUAUCUUGGGAGGUGGCGAUGGUGGCCUUUUACACGAAUUACUGAAAGAAAACCCCAAACACGUAGCGAUGCUCGAACUUGACGAAGAAGUGAUUAACGGCUGUCGUCAGCACAUGAAAAAAGUUUGUGGAGACUGUUUGGACAAGAGAAAGGAUCACAACUAUGAGAUCGUAAUCGGAGAUUGUUUUGAAACGUUGAAGAAAAUGGCGGCAGAGAAUCGCAAGGUAGACUACGUUUUUGGCGAUCUAACGGAGAUUCCGAUCAGCAAAGAGCCACACGGAAACGAGUGGGACUUUAUCAGGCUAAUCUUGAAAUCGUCCAUAAAAAUAUUGAAGCCCACGGGAAAAUUCAUGACACACGGGAAUUCCGCCGCUCUACCGGAAGCGCUGAAGAUGUACGAGGAGGAGUUGACCAAACUGUCUGUUACUUUUACGAAGAAAAGCGUGUUCAUUCCGUCUUUUUACGAGGACUGGGUUUUCUAUCAGAUCUCCGUUUCUUCAUAAUGGCCUUCCACUGAAGGAUAUAGUUACUUUUACGCAAUAAAUUUUUGUUUUCGAUGAAAAAUAUAACAAAGUUGAAACUUGCAGUUUUGUUGCAAAUCCAGAGAUUUAUUUUUCGUUAUGAUUUUUAUGUAAAAAUUUUCUGUAUUCUAAUGUAAUUUACUAAUAAUAAUUAUCACUAUC